GUGAAGAAGCCAGCGCUUCGUCAUCUACUAGAUAUAUGUUGUGUUGUAAAGUGAAAUCGUGUAAAAUCCGGUCGAUAUUACAGACAUAUUUCCAAAAAAAAAAGUAACCCCACAGACCAAAAAGACUUUCAUUGCCUCAUAAUAAUCGCAAAUACUAAAAGUGUUGACGGAUCUGAAGAAGAACAAGAAAAACAGUGACCUAAUUUUUUUAAAACUCUGUGUAUGUGUAAAAAUCUCACGAGUCGAUAAUUCGAAGUUAAUUAUUGAUGUAAUCAACAGUUAGUUACUGUUUUUUUAAACACGCUAGAUUGAUCUUGACCAGUGAUUUUUCAAACCUUCGUGUAGUGUGGUAGGUCAGAUAGAUACGCGGCAGAUUUUCCAAAAGUUGCCAACUAUAGACAUUGAUAAUGAGACUGGUGAUUGGUGAUAAUCCUUUGACCUAGAGCAAUAUGGCCUUUUCUUCUUUUUGGACUACAAGAAGAGUGAUAUUGUGUGUGAUUUGGUUACUCUUACUCCAAUGGGAACAUACUGAUGCUUUGGAAGAUAUUUAUUCGAACUCCUUCAUAUCACCAAACUCAGCAAAAUUAAAUGCUGACGAUGACCAACUACCAGCAAUUCGAACUUCCGAAGCAAAAGAUAUCUUUGAAGAGACGUCCCGUGUUGCUAGAUCGGCAAUAAGGGAUGCCUCUUUAGAUAAAGAAGAUCACCAAGUUACUUCAUCCGCCCAUAGAGUUGUUCGAUCUAUGGACCACAUUUUAUCGAGUACAGCCCUUGCAGAUGAUUAUAAUUUAUACAAAAAUGUCGACGAAGCUUUAGAGAGUAAUGAUGUGGAGUUGUCAGGAAGACUUGGUGGUUAUAUUCAACCUUCAAAAACGGAAAAGGAUUCUCUUCCAACAGAAAGUUACAAAAAAACCGAAGAACUGUCGGGGGAAUUAACAGGGACUCCGCACCAGGCACGGUCGCUGCCUCUGCAGGAGUCCCACCAAGUGAAACUCAGUGCCGCGAUGACAUCGACGACGGCUUUUGCUACCCGGUCCCUUCUGCCACCCGGCCAAGCGCGACAGGCCAACCCUGAUAUCCAGGAUAUCAUUACUGGGAUUGUAAAACUGCUAAACGGUAAUGUAAAUGUUCAAGCCAAUACUGGCCCGGGUAUUGGCAGACCUCUAAGGCCUCUAUCUACAAGAAUUAAUAAUCGAGGACCUCCUAGAAUCACAGAUAUGCCAGCGCUUCCUCCAGAUUUUGAUGUACCUGCUCCGCUACCUCCUCCUCCUCUUGGCCAAAAACCACCGCCAAUGUCGACAACUCGACUACCUACACCAUAUCCUUUUGACGUACCUAAGCCUAAUAUGUCCCCAAUUCGUCCGUUUACUGGCAGUGGUACCAGCAUUCCAAUUUCAGACCUAUCAAUGAACAAACGUCCUGGUCUAUUCCGUCCACCAACUGCUCCUCCCUGGAAAAGACGUAGACCCCCCAAUAAAAGAAGACCUCCGAUUCCUCCUUAUAAACCUAUGCCACCGUUUUCCACUGAAAUGAUUAGCCUGACUUCGGAGAAACCAGCUGAGGAUAUUUUAACGCUGGACUUGGGAUCUCAUCUUUCUCCGAGUGGGGACGAGAACGAGUACUAUCCUGAGGAAUUGGAAGAUAAAGGCAAUUCAACAGAUUUUCCGGAAGUAGAGACUGAUGUUGUUCCUGACACUAGUGAAAUUGACAAGGAAAUAGCAGAAUUUGAAAAGAAUAAGGAAAAAGUAAAGAAUGUAACCAAAUUAGAUAAGUACACCAGCAAAACCACCAUUGUAACUCCUACCGUUAAUUCUCAGGCCAAAACCGAAGAAAGUACUCAAAAAACAGAAGUAGAAGAACCAGAGAUCAAAACUUCCUCAAUAACUAUAGAGACAUCAUCUCCCACUUUGUCUGACACAGUACUAUCUUCAAUAGAACCAACCAGUACGUUGGUUGCACCUUUACCAACGGAAACUGCAGAAGAAACCAUAUUGACAUCUAAUUCGAGUACCAGCGUAGUCAGUACUGAUAAUACUGAAGAUACUUCAAUAGAGUCCUCAAUGAGCGAGAUCGUAGACUCAACAAGAGAUAUCUUAGGAGAGAGCAGUACUUUGGCUAAUACAGCUACGGAAACUCUACCAAUAGUAACCACGAUCACUUCCAGUACUUCAAAUGUUGUUACAGUGGGCGCUUCGUCUACACCUGCAUCUACUGUGAACAAUCAGUCUACAUCAUCUGGUUUUCCAUACUACCCAUAUAGACCGAGACCAGGUAUCGUUUUAGACGAUACGGAAUACAAACCAGGCGGAAUUAAUCGACAACCUAUAAUCACAAGGCCACCUAUUGGACAAAUCGGUGACAUUUUUGAUGUCACUGUUUCAGCUAUUCAAGGACCAGGAUCAUCAGCUGGAGGAGGUCAAGGAAAACCCUAUGUAAUACCAGUGGAAAUUGAAAACGUGCAUUCAGGUGACGUAAUCACAUCCUCGUCCGGAUCAGAAGGCUUCGUUAGCAUUGAUGGUAAACGAACGUACCUAAAUCUAUUCGGGGAAUCAACAUCUACUGGACUGCCAAUCAAACCAACAGCUACUGUACCAGAAAGCAAUCAAGUCGCCGCCACCGGGUACGCUGUAGCUGAAAACGAGAAAGUUCACAGACCAGGAUCUGUUGGUAAGCCCACACAGAGACGACCGAUGUUUGGAAGACCAAGACCUAGUCAACCGCCUGUAAGGAUCGAUACUUGCAUUGUCGGAGAUGACUCCACAUGCGAUGGCUCGCAGCACGAAGUUUGUCGAACGGAAUCAGGUGUAAGCGCCUGCCACUGCAGACCUGGUACUGCUCGACGUAAACACAGAGAUCCCUGUCGCAAAAUAGUGUCUAUAUUGGUGUCGCUUAGAGUGGAUAGAUUGUAUGACCGAAAAGUUGUAUGGGCAAGUGAAUUAGGUGAUCGAAGCAGUGAUAGCUACCAACAGUUAUCCUUCGAGGCAGAGAGAGCUUUGGAAUCUGCAAUGUCGAUGACUCCAUUUAGCGAUGAAUUCCUAGCAGCGAAGGUAAACGGAAUAUACAGAGGAGAGAGGUCUCAAGGACAGGCUGGAGUCUUUGUAAACAUCACGUUGCAAUUGGACGAAAACCCUGAUACUUCUCGACCUACGGUUAGAGGAGAUAUUCAGCGACAUCUGUUAGGAGUUAUACAAAGAAGAAGUAAUAACGUAGGCGAUAGUGCCUUGUGGGUGGAUAGUCCACCAGGAUCUGUCUCCAAUUUACAAGAUCUGGAUGAAUGCUCUUCACCUGAUUUACACGACUGCCACUCAUUAGCGAGAUGUGUAAAUAUUUUCGGAGGAUUUAAAUGUGAGUGUCUAGAAGGAUAUAGAGACCCUUGGUUGGACAACAAACACAGAGCAGGCAGACACUGUGAGCAAUGUUCCCCGCAACAUUGUAACAAUAGGGGAGAAUGCAGGUAUCAAAAUGGACAAGAGGUGUGCACAUGUACAGGAAACUACUAUGGUAGCCAAUGCGAACUUGACGGUGAGGUAUUGGGUGUUGCUAUUGGAGCCAGUGUAGCUGCUAUCAUUAUCAUUGGAUUGACUUUGGUCUGUUUAGUAAUGUGGAGUCGUCGAUGGAGCCGAGAACAAAAAGCAGCUGUUGGCAGCCCUGUAUUCGGUUAUAUGGCUACGGCCAGUAACACUGCUAAAACGCCAGUGGUUGGUGCACCUCCUUAUCAACUGACUUUAGAGGAUAGGCUGAGAUGGGCUCAAAUUGCUGACGUUAUGGCUCAAGCCAAUCAUUAUGCGCCUGAACCGGGCUUAACAGCACCAACUCGUCCUUCUUCGGCAUUGUUUGGUUAUCCAAGCCUUCCAAUGGCAGGCACCAUGUCUCAUCAUGGCCACGGCACUCUGCCUCCAGUCCCCUUACCCAGGCUCACUCUGCAGGCCCAGAUGGCUGCCAGAGCUGCGAGCAUCCAUAGCGCAAGGCAUCAGGAUAACUCCAGUUCUAGCGAAGAAGAAGACAAGGCUGAUUUAUUAGGUAGAAAUUUCCAUGUACCUAGACCGAAAAGUCGAAGUAAUGCGUCCAUAGCAAAUCAAAGUGGAAUUUAUUAUGACGUUGACUACGAUCAAAAUGAGAUUUACAAACAACCCGGUGGUGGAGGGAUUCCCCUCAGCACAUACAGCAUGGGUAGACAACCAUUCUUCAGGAACUAAAAACAAAAGUUAUACUUAAUUAUUUUUUUGUCAAAGAAUUUUUUUAAAUUUUUAACUUCUUAAGAAAUAAUUUUUAGAGAUUGUAAACCUAAAUUAUUUGAAAGAAGAAAACCAUAUCUAAUUAUGUAUUUGUUUAAGAAAAUUUAAAUACUUUAAAAUAUUUGUUAACUGGUUUUAAAACAUUAUCUAUUUGGAACAAUAUUGUAUU